GUUAUUUUAAGAAUUAUUGAAUGCUGAAACACCUAUAUAUUGAUAUUUUAACAACUGGAUUGUUUUUUAUCAGUACGAUCUGGAGCAACAGGCCCUUUAUGAACAUUCAGGUUUUUGAUUUUGCCCAAAAUGGAAAUGAGUUUGAUGCCCUGAUAUCUGGGAUAAAAACAAGAGAAUCCUGGACUAUUUUGAAUGUAAACAAGAAUAAAGAGUGAGAUAUUUGGUGGAGGAAUGAUGUCAAACCACCAGCAAAUGAAGACUCUGUGAUGUCACUGUCACAGGCUGUGAUGUCAUCAACUGCAGAAUUGUACGCAACACAAAUCUGCAUAUUUGUCAUUGCUUGCAAUAUCCCUGACCAGUUCAGACGUUCGCAAAGCCCUUUAGAGAAGUUUACAGAUCGACGAUUUUAGUGUUCGAAUUUCAGAGAAAAUGUCUCAUUAUUCACCGAGAUUCAACAGUGGGACGAUGGGAUCCCACUGGAGACGGGGAGGCCAGCAAAACCCCCCAGGCAGGUUCCCUCCUGCACACCCAAAUGUCUUCCACGGGGAAAUCGAGAGACUCAACUAUCUCCUGGAAAUGGAGAGAGCAGGAAGGGACCAAAAACUGUCCCACCUGGAGGCCGAACUGGAAGAAACAAAACUCCAGUUAAAAAAACAAAAGGCUCUCAAAGAAACUUUCAUCAACCAGGCCAAAGAUGCAAAGAGUGAACUAGAGAGAUUAGAGAAGGUUCACAGCGAAGUGAAACACAUGAACAAGAAGUCCUUACAACAAGACUUUGAGGAGUUGAAGGUGGCCCACCUCCUCAGCCGGGAAGCUUUUGUAGCUGAAAUUCAGGCUGAGAGAAAGAAAAGUGUGGCGCUGCAAGAACAACUGAACCAACUCCAGACUUCCUUCGAGGAGCUGAGCUCCAAGCAUGAAGCCAACGAUGCUCUGCUGAGGAAGGAGGAAGCGAGACAAAAGAUUCAUGAAGAGAGGCUUCGUGAGGAACAACAACUGCUGGAAAACCUGAGGGCCGAAAAAGACCAAAUGUUUCAGGAAAUGUCCCAAAAGAUCGAGUUCCUGCAAGCCAGUGAGAAACAUCUGCAAGAAGAACUGGUUCAGCUCAGACGUUCAAACGAGGAACUGAACAUUAAAUAUGAAAGAGACGUUUCUACACUAAAGCAAAACGCUGAAAGAUAUCAGGAGGAACUGAGAGAUGAGAAAGACACCAACACUGAAAGAGAGAAGGAGAACCUGCAGCUCAUCAAAGACCUGAGAGCUGAGAAGGAGGAGCUCUCCCAGAAACUGUCAGGAGAAAUCACCAUCCGGCAGAAGAGGGAGAAGCUGAUGCUCCAUGAAGUGGAUCAAGUUCACGGUUCAUACGAGGAGCUAAAAUGUAAAUAUGAAAAAGACAUCAUGGAAAUACAGCAGCAGGUCGAGACAUACGAGAUGAAGAUGAAGCAGGAGGAAAUCGCUCGUUCACACAGAGAACAGAAAGAAAAUAUUAUCCAAGAGAGAAAACUUUCUGCGAUGCAACAACUCCAAAAACUUCAACAACAGAUAAAGGAGGAAAGAAAAGUUCACCUGAAGAAAAGAGAGGAGGACAAGAUGAGUCUGGACAAACUGCGAGCAGAGAAGGAGGAGCUCCUCCAAAACUUGUCAGAAGAAAUCACCAUCCUGCAAAACAGGGAGAAGCAGAACCUCCAAGAACUGGAUCAGGUUCAGGUUUCACACCAGGAACUAAAAUCUAAGUUUGAAACAGAAAUCAUGAAUUUACAGCUUGAGGUUGAAACUCACCAGCAGCAGUUAAAGGAGGAGAUAAAAAAUCACCUGAAGAAAACGGAGAAGGACAAGGAGCUUCUGGACACUCUGAGAGCUGAAUAUGCCAUCCUCCAGGAAAACAAGACAACUGAGAUCAAAUUCCUGCAGGAGAAGGAAAGGAGCAUCCAGGCUGAGCUGGACGAGGUAAACAGUUUGUACCAGGAUCUAAACUGUCGCUAUGAAACUGAUGUCACUGCAAUAAAACACCAAGCAGAUCAAUACCAGCAGGAGAUCAGUUUUCUGAAAAAUGAUCUAGAAACAGCAAGAAAGGAUUUACUGCUGGCUGACAGUCUGAGAGCUCAGGAAGAAGAUUUCCUCCAGAAACACCUGACAGGUUCCAAAGAGAUGGAGGAAAACUCUGGGAACCAAGAACUCCUGGUUAAAGUGUCCAGUCCAGAGGUUUCUUCUGAGGAGAAACUUUCAGGAGAACCUUUAUCUGGUUGUUCCUCUGAAUCCUCAGAAGAGACCAAGAUCUCCUCAGAAACCGUCCUGGAGGAUCUGGACCAUCCAGACACCAAAACAAUGAAGGAUGGCAAAAAGAAAAAAUCCAGAAUUUCAUUCUGGAAGAAAGUUCGAAACACUCUGCGGUGGAAGAAGCCGACAAAGAAACAGAACAGUGAAGAACAACAAGAACAAGCCUGAAGGUCUUGAUUGUGAUAUUUAGAGGAGGAGAAAGACGUGCAGGAGUCGAACCGAGGACUGGAAUCGAACGUGUGGAGGCUGUAGCCUCUGUGAACGGGGCGCCAUGACGCUCCGUCAGGACCAGAUUUAAAAUGUUUUACCACUUUGACAAACUAGAAAAUAGAUCCCUUCCCAACCCAAUUAGAAAAAAGGUGGGCAGCACGGUGGUGCAGCGG